AUGAAUCAAGUUGAUGAUUAUGAUUACUUCUGUCAUAGUUGUGAAGAUGUGAAAAGAACAAGUGACAUUGAAAUUAUAUAUGAUGGUGAAAUAAAAUGUAAGAGUUGUAAUAAUGUUGGUUUUGUGGAAAAGAUAGAUGAAGAUGAUCCAAUAAGUUUUCAUUCGAUAAAUACAAAUAGGGAAGGUAGGAAUACAGUAGGGGGUAGAUAUUUUAAUAAUAACAAUAAUUUAAAUAAUAAUUAUAAUAAUAGAAGUGCCUUUACAAGUAAUAACAGUAGUGCUUUUAAUACUAGUGCUAAUAUGAAUGCAAAUCAGAAUACUAAUAUGAAUACUAAUAUGAAUGCCAAUAUGAAUACUAAUAUGAAUACCAAUAUGAAUGCCAAUAUGAAUGCCAAUAUGAAUGCCAGUGCAAAUGAUAACAUUUUUAGCGACUUGAUGUUAUUUAGAAAUAUGUAUCAGCAGAUGUUUAAUACGAGUUUUAGACCAGCAGAUGCAGACAUUCAUUUUACAGCCAAUUUCGGUACACCUAUUAAUGAAAAUGGGGCUAGUGAUAAUACUGUUAGAAGUGAUGGGGGUAAUAGGGUAUUUGUAGGAAGAAAUUAUAGUUAUAACAAUAAUAAUAAUAAUAAUAACAGUAAUUAUAACACCGAAAGUAGUAAUGAUACGAAUAAUAUGAACUCUCAUAUUAACACGAAUGUUAACGCAAAUGUUAAUGCUACUAGUAGCACUAAUAGUUAUAGAAAUAAUUACAAUAACAAUUAUAGUAACAGUAAUGCCAAUAAUUUCACCAACAGCUACGCCAGUAAUUAUGCCAACAGUUACGCCAACAGCUACACUAGCAGUAACAGUGUCAACCCAAGAAACCCCAGAAUUAUUACGAGAGCAAUAGAUAUAACGAAUGUUCCUUUCAACUCACUUAUAAGACAAAAUUUCCAAGAUAUAAUAGACAACAUAUUAGCAAAUUCGUUUGAUCAUAUUUCCUUAGAUCAAGUAUUGACUGUUAUAAUGGAAAGUGAUCCAUCAAGAAAUGGACCCCCUCCAGCAUCUGAAGAAGUUAUCAAAAAUUUAAAAGUAGAUAUAUUAACAUCUGAGAGAGCAAAAGAGUUAGAAUCUUGUGCCAUAUGUAGAGAAGAAUAUAAAGAGAAUGAUGAAGUACAUAGAAUAACAGAUAAUGAACGUUGUCGGCAUGUUUUUCAUUGUUCUUGUAUCAUCCCAUGGUUAAAAGAAAGGAAUUCUUGCCCUACUUGUCGUUUUGAGUUACCUACAGAUGAUCAAGAAUAUAACUGUAAAAGGGAAGAAUUAAGAGAAAGAAUUAACUCUGAAAUUUCUCGUAACAAUUCUUUUAGCAAUUCUAAUAAUCCGAACGAGAGUACGAAUGGAAGUGGAAAUGCAGCGGCUCUCAAUGGUAGCAGUAAUGAAGCUAGAAAUUAUGCCAUAAAUGAAGAUAGCAGUGAUAAAGUGAAUAGUAAAGACGAGAGCAAUGACCGUGGAAAAGCGAAUAAGGACGAUAAUAAUGGUAAUAACGUUAAUAACGUUAAUAUUGUUAGUAAUGUUAGUAAUGAUAACAAUGGCAGUAAUAACAGCAAUGAUAUCAAUGGUAAGGAGCCAGGCGACAGGGAUGCAAGUGGAAAGAACGUUAAUGAAAAUGAAUCAGGAAAAAAUGUUACGCCUAAUAGAACAGGAAAUGUGGAAAAUGCGGUUGAUGAAACGAGGUACGUUCAUUUUACGGAUGAAUAUGACAUUAACCACCUAGAAGGUUUUGCAGCAUCACAAACAUCGUCCAUUUUACAAAAUUUUUUUAAUAGAUUCAUAACUGGAAAUAAUGAUUCAAAUAGAGUAAAUAGAAUUUAUACCCCCACUCAUACUUUUAUUAGAAGCAGCAACAGAAACUCAGAUACAAGAAACACUUAUGAACAGAGUCAGGUGAGACCGGGAGAAAAUCCUUUUGAGGGUAAUUGUCGUUCCCCAAAUGAGAGAAACAUACCAAAGAAGAAGGAUGGUGAUGAUGAUAAAGAUGAUAAUAAUAAUGGUAAUAAUACUAAUAGUUGUAGUAAUAGUAAUAAUUGUAGUAAUAGUAAUAAUUGUAGUAAUAGUAAUAAUAAAAGUAAUGGUAAUAAUAAAAGUAAUGGUAAUAAUAAAAGUAAUAGCAAUAACAGUAAUAAGAAUAACGAUUGUGAGAGUAAUGGUCAAAAUAGCAAUAUGAAUAAUAAUAGCAGUAAUAACAGCGGUAGUAACCAGAACACACACAGUCAUAGUAACACAGUCAGACGUAAUGAUUACAACCAGGGUAAGGAUAACAGUGAAAACGCUUACAAAAAUAAAAAUAGCAAUUCAAAUGGAAGUAACGCAGUCAAUGGGGAAGAAAACAAUAACAUCAGUAGUGGUGAUAAUAACAUUGAUAAUAGCAUUAAUGAUACCAUUAAUGAUACGAUUAAUAAUAACAACAAUGUUAAUAAUAAUAUUAAUAAGAGUAACGGUGCAAAUAUGAGUGGGCGUUUUUAUGAAAACUCAAGUAAUAGAUCCCACAUAACUGAAAAUGUUUUUGAUGCAUCUACUGUUAUUGGCACAGCAAACAUCUUCGGUGCUUCAAAUGCAGUCCAUGGUCCGAAUGUAGUUCGUGCUUCAAAUGGAGUCCAUGGUCCGAAUGUACUUCGUGGUCCAAGUAUACUUCGUGGUCCAAGUAUACUUCGUGCUACCAGUGUAGUACGUGUUCCGAGUUCAGUUCGCACAAGCAGUGCAAUCCGUUCUAACAAUACAGUCCGUUCAACCAAUACAUCCCGUACUCCAAUUACAGUCCAUGCUCCAAUAGAAAUACGUGCCCCAACUACAAUACGUAGUCAAAAUAUAAUGCAUGUUCCCAAUUCAGUUCCUUCUCCAAAUACAUUCACAACAUCAAACAGUAUAGGAACACCCAUCCAUUUUGAUAGUGCAAAUGUAUUUGUUAAUAACGUUAAUAAUAGUAACACAGGUGGUCAUAGAAGAGGGUUUUCUGAAAAUAUAAUUAAUAAUUUAAGUGAAUUAUGUUCUAGUAUAAAUAAUCUUCAUGGAAUAAAUUCUGGUAGAAAUGAUUUCACGGCUAAUAUAAGAGAAGAACCUCCAAUUGAUAUUAACAGUAAUAUUAAGAAACCUAAAGAAGAACAAAAGCUGAAAGAUAUUGAGCAUUCUUCUUCUACUUCAUCAAUCAUAAAGAAGGAUUAUAUUUGUAAAAAUGUUAGUAAUAAAGAAAAUAUAUGCAUGGAUGAGAGUGCUAGGUAUAGUAACAGUUCACAUGAUUCCAGUAACAGGAACAGUAAAAGUGUAUCAAAAAAGAUUGAAAAAAGAAUUUAUGAAAAAGUUAAUGCAAGUUAUAGCAAUGGAAGCAAUAGUAAUAAAAGCACUAGUAUAAAUAGAGAUAGUGACAAUGAAAAAGAGAGUACUAGAAAGAAGUCAAAAAACUAUGAUAAUGAAGAAGGGCGUAAUAGUAUUAGUAGUACGCGUAGUAAUACCAUAAAUAGAGGAAGCAAUAAUGAUACGUUAUCGGAGAUUAUGUAUAGUUCUAUUGAAGGUAGCUCAAAUAAUGGUACAUGUAACGUUGUCAGUAACGAUAUUAUAAACGAUAUGGGUAAUGAUGUGAUAAACGGUUUAAGUAACGACGCGAGUAACGAAUCAAAAAACCUUCCGAAAAGACAAAGUACGGUAAAAAAAUAUUUUUUCGACAAAUUACAGUGGUUGAAAAGUUAUGACAGCAAGGAAAAAAAAAAAAAUGAUAAAGGUCAAGAUGUGUGUAAUGACACAGUAGAGGUGCAUAAUAACGUAGAUGAAAAUGCGAAUUUGAAUGUGAGUGAGAAUUCGAAUGAGCAUGAAAAGGAGAUGGACUCAGAAUUGACUGCAACAAACGAUAGUGCUACUUAUUCCGUGAAAAAUGAUAUUAAGAGGGAUUAUUUGUAUAUCAAUGAUAACAAUAGUAGUGGAAAUGAUAACAUACGCGGUAGUGGUAACAGCGAUUCUAAAGGAAACGACCUCGAUAAUAAUCAUAAGUUCAGUAAUCAUAGUAAUAACAACGAUGGUGGAAGCAACAAUUGUGAGAGCCUAUGCAAAGCCAGAAGUGAUAAACCGAAACAAUCAACUAAUAUAAUUACAAAUGAAAGUAUAUUUGAAAAUAAAAAAUUACAGUAA